GUAUACAUUCAUAAAAGUUCGUUUAUAAGAGAGUUCUUAAAUGUCUUAAGAUGAAUCAUGAUAAAACAAACUCAUUCAGACUUGACUUGGCUCCACUGAAGGAAAACCACCAGAGCGGGCGGGGCCUCAGCGUCAGAUCCAGGAUCCGACUGGACCCCGGACCCUCUGCUGAAAUGAUAAGUUGGUGCGCCCUCCUCCCGCAGAUAUCGACAAUGACCGUCACCAGUAACCCCGCAGAGUGGGGAUCAUGCGGUGAGUUUGUCGCCGCCCUGUGGACGCUGUGGGUACUGGUGGAGUUUAACGAGGUGAUGUUUUUCUCUCGCUGUAGUAGUGUGAGGAUAACAAGCCAGCGGAUCUGAGUUGCGGUUACAAGCGCUGACAACCGACGGCUAGUAAGCUGAAAUUAUUUGCCGCACUUUCGAAGGAGAACUCUGGUGUGACAAGUGAAGAAGAAAGAGGCUUUUUGUCGGCGCCGUUUGUUUAUCUUCGUGGAGUCGUCGGGUUGGAGUUUGUCUGAAAUCUCUCCGCUGUCCGUGGAUUAACACAAGAGUCGAUUCAGCGGCGCUGUGAUGUCAAUUUAAGUGUGAAAUUGUGGAUUAAUCUCCUGCACCACGUGCGAAUUUCUCGUUUUGGGAGGUUGCUUGUUUCGUAGUUUGUGGUUAGUCAACAGUGGAAAUUCUGUGAGGUCCGGACAAGACCCAGCGGACACUUGUUGAAAUACAGUUCAGCGAGCGAACCUUUGGCCAACUGCUCGUGAGCUUUGCUAACGUUAGUAGCGGGAUUUAGCUAACGAGGCUAACAACUUUCCCUGAGCCGGACGUUAACGAUUUAUGCACAAGUUGCUUCUCAUUCAUGUCAGUUGGAUGUUGGUCGAAGUCGACUGUCGACAAGUUGACAAAGUGCGUUUGUCAAAAUCGUUGAGCUGGCACUGACAGCAGCUUAGCUAACUUAGCUAACUGCAGCUGUUACUCGGCUCUCCGUUCAUCUCCAACGUUAUGUUAGCAGUGACAGCUAACGUUGUGUUAACGUUAGAUUCAAACAAGUGGUUCGCUGGGAAAAUGUCAAUAUGAAGUUAGGUUUUCCCUGUGGCUUGUAAUCAUCUCGCCAUUCUUUUUCAAAGUUUUUACGUUUAACUUGUAGACACAUUUAUUACAAAGGGUUUAAUUCAUCUGCUCUGUAAAGCAUAAGGAGACAACUUUUAUAAACCGCAGCUUUAACGUUAGCUCAGCUGUGCUAGCUGCUAGCUUGACUCACAGUCCUCACUUCUGACACGGCAGCCAGAAGAGUUGACUUUGAACCAACCAGUAAUGUGUGCGGUGUUUAAACGCUGAUGGGUUCACUACGUUGCUCACUGAGAGACUUUGAAAAGUAGACCCCCAACACCGUCUUCCACUUUUUCCAAGUAGCUGAAGUUGUAAAACUGCGGCCCGCACAAUGUCCGGCUCCCCGGGCACAGGUGGCUCAAACCCCAGGAAGUUCAGCGAAAAGAUAGCGCUGCACAACCAGAAGCAAGCAGAGGAGACGCGGGCCUUUGAACAGCUGAUGACAGACCUCACCGUUUCAAGGGUGCAGUUUCAGAAGAUCCAGCAGCUUCGCUUGUCGCAGUCGCGGGCGCCGUACUAUGGAGGCUCCCUGCCUAACGUCAAUCAGAUCGGCAACACCAGCACUGAAUUUCAGGGUGGCUUUCCAUCAGGGCUGGACUCAGUCAGAGGGACCCGCCACCACGGGCUGGUCGAGAGGGUCCACAGGGACCGCAACCGUAUCAACUCUCCUCAUCGCCGGCCCAUCGACAAGCACGGACGGCAGAUCGAGAGCUCUCCAUAUGGAGCCGUGUACCUGUCCCCACCUCUGGACAACAACUGGAGAAGGGAACAGCAGCCGUGGACUGAGGAAAAACGCCCGGGGUUUAGAUUAAUAUCACAACUCAACAGAACCAACUCAGACUCUGCUCUCCAUACGAGUGCUAUGAACCCAAACCCCCAGGACCCCUUCGGCAUGAGCCAGCAGAUGGGUCGAGGUCCCCCCCAGCGUAAUGCGAGUGUGAAUGAGGCAGAGGUGGACGGCUCUGGAAAUGUCUUCUCCUUCCCCUCCCUGCCUAACGAGGAGAGUCUAAUGGGCGUCGGUAAGCUCCUUCCCAAGCAGCUGUGGGAGGCCAAGAAGGUCCAGUCGUUGACAUCAAGGCCCAAAUCAUGUGAAGUGCCUGGAAUCAAUAUAUUCCCGUCUCCGGAGCAGAACCCCGGCCUGUCCCAGUACCAGGGCCUGUUAAAUACCGGCGGCUCCCUGCCUGACCUCAGCAACCUGCACUUCCCCUCACCGCUCUCCACCCCGCUGGACCCCGAGGACAAUGGGGGAUACCCCAACCUCAGCGGAGGCAGCAGCACCGGAAACCUGCCGGCCGCAAUGAUGCACCUCGGCAUCGGCAACUCUCAAGGUUUGUCCUCCUCUCUGAGCAAUCCCUCAAUCCAGGCGUCCCUCAACAACUGUCAGCUGCAGUCGUCACUCAGCAAUCCCUCCAUCAACUCAUCCCUUCGUCUGUCCAACAACUCCCCCCGGCGACGGCCUGCUCCCAUCAGUCCCCUCACGCUGUCUCCUGGCACCGAGCAGCGCAGGGGCCUGGCCAAGCAGCUGUCUCCCACCAUGUCCCCCUCGCUGUCCCCCAUCACACAGGGAGUUGCUCUGGAUACGAGCAACAUGCCACGGGAGCCGCCCCCACCGUAUCCGCUCUACCAACAGCCGCAGCAUGCAGUGGACCAGAACCGACAACGCCAUCCGCCGCCGCAGCAGCCGCAGCCCAUUUCCCCCCUGCAGAACAUCCCAGUGGACUUCAGCACGAGCCAACAAAACAACAUGGCGUCGUUCUUCAGCGACCCCUUCAUGGAGCUGCAGUUUUCCAACCGCCAGUGCAAGACCUUCAACUAUCAGUUGGACCAGUUUGGUCUGUUGGAAAACACGAUGAGCUCUACAGCAGGGGGCUCUUGCUUCGACCCUUCCUCCUCCUCUCCCUCCUCCUCGUCCUCUUUGCUCUACAACUCCCAGGCCGCCCUGUCGGGGCUGGGCGGCAGCCAUGGCAGCCUGCAUCAGGAUCCGGGUCACAUGAGGUCCAACAUGCUGUACUCCAACUGCAGCGGAGGCCUGCCCAACAUCAUACUCACUGAUGACUCCAACCCCAGUCUGUCAAAGGACAUCAGCAGUGCGCUCUCUACGGUGCCCGAAUGCUUCGACUCCGAGGGAGGCUUCCCGCUGGAGGACGAGCUGCGCAUCGAGCCCCUCAGCCUGGACGGUCUGAGCAUGCUCAGUGAUCCCGACAUGGUGCUGCCGGACCCCUCUGUGGAGGACACCUUCCGCAGUGACAGACUCUGAACAUCAGGAGCGUCACACACACACACACACACGUGUAGUGUACAGAGUGUACAGAUGAAUGAAUCUGCAUGCAGUCGAACUCUACAGGGCCGCUGUGCAUGCAGCCACUGCCACUAAGAUUCAUUAAAUGUGAAACAAGUUGUGCACCGUCAUGCACACACACUUCUAAAGGAGGAGACCUGUGAACAAACACUGUUUACACCCGCUUCAUGCAAAGUUAACCCUCACACACACUCGGACUUCCUCUGACACGAGGUGAAUGGAUGCAGCUCUGAAGUCUGCACCUCCUCCGGCCGCAAAGACCGGGACGAACAUGUGAGACCAUCCAGCGAGGAGCCGAAGUCCUCCCGCUUCUGUUCCUCAUCAUCAUCAUCAUCAGCUCCCUGAAGCCAUGGCAACCGUAUCGCCAUGGUUACACACCAUAGCAACCCCCAUCGCCAUGCUGAGGAGCAGCAGAAACGCCGGCGCACAUUUUGACUUGUCUCACAGCUCCAGUAAAUGAGGGAAUGGCAGUCCGGCCUUCUUCAGGUGAAAGCAGCUGUUGCUCUGAACAAUCACGGUAGAAAUGAAGACGCAGAGGAACUAGAGCUUUUUGUCUAAAAUGUAUUUCUUUACACAAGUGGUAACGGAUUAUUUCUGAGAUGUUUGCCUCAGAUCUUUAAAUACAAAUAUAUAUCUACACACUGACAGGAUGUAAGCCUCAAUCUCUGAUUAGAAUGUAUUUUCAAAGUAGAAACAAAAAGGGCAAGCUGUUUACAAAGAAAGAUAUGAGAUUUUAAUAACUUUCAAUUAAGAGUCUAGAUUUUUGAAUUUCUAACUAAGAAAUAAAAUUCUGAGACGUAUGGAAUAAAUGAUAUAUUUUUCCUUAUCAUUUGGACCGAGGCCCCCCCCCCCCCCCCCCCCCCCCCUUCAGGUGAUGACCCCUGACGGCUUUUUUUUUGUUUUUAAACGUCUACGUACAAUCAUUGUAUUCGUUUUUAUUUUCCAUUUUGUACUGACUGAUGGCACUUGUACUGUACUUUGACUCUGGUUGUGAAUAAGGGCAUGCGCUGUGCUACUGUGGAUCUCUUAUGUCCCGAAUAUCCUUUUGCAUCCGGCUUCCUGUGCUCGUGUUCCAGCAGUACGGUGACGCCGCCCCCCUCGGCAGAGAGCAGACGUGGACAUCGGACAUCAUGUAACAUUGCACUUAACCUCAUUUGCACUAAUUGGUUCGCAGUGUGUAAACUGAUUUUUACACCUGGUAAGAUUUUUUUUUUGUUUGUUUUGGUUACCUGAUAACCCAAAGAAGUUGAAUGAAGCCAUUUCUUCUAAAUGUGACUAAUGGGUUUAUAGUCACUGCACAUUUAAUAAGAUGUGAGAGAAUUUAAAUUGUAUUUUCUGGACUUCUUUUACUGUGUGGUCCUACAGUUCAUAUUUACAUUUGAUUAUGUAAUAACUCAGUGCCAUUUAGGGCAUUGAGUGCCCCCCAGUGUCUGUUUAAAAUAAAGCCAGAGAGCUUUUUAUUUUAUUAAUAUUGGCUCUGAAAAGGAGCAGAUGUCGUCCUUUGCUCCUUUAACUAUGCAACUUUUGUCAGUCCCUGUUGAACAGGCGCAUGUCGAACAUUAUGCAGUGCAGCACGACUUGCAGGUCUGCUUGGUGUCACCGUGUGGGGCAGCAGGUUGGCUAGAGAUCACAUGUGUCCAGUGUCCACAGACGAGUGUCUGCUCCUGCUUCAGCAGUCAGAGACAUGAAUUUGUAGAUUUCGAGGAACUGCUGCGACGUUUUGUGUUGCAGGCGCGAUGGUGCGUUGCAUUGAUGUUUGUGGUUCUUACUCUUCAGUCACACCUGCACUGUGUGGACUGUGGGCUCCGGAAGAGAUUUGGUGUGAUUGUUUGUCAAAUGCAGAAUGAAGCGGGCUGUUGGGUUUUCAUGUUUUUUAAGAGUUUGUAUUCAGUUACUGCUAUAAAGUUUUUAUCUGCUCCUCUUGUUAUCUCUUUAACAUGGUGGAGCCUCUCUGCAGCUGAGUUUCCUUCCUGUCUGUCCCGGCCUGUUUGCUGCUGUCUAAACGCCUGCCUUCUGCUGCCUUACUUUGUUGUAUUUUAACUUUUCAUAUUCCAGCAGUAACGUUAUCAGCUUGUGAUCACUUCCCUUUAGCUUUAGCUCUGUUUGGUACUAACUGCCUGUUGGUCUUUUCUCUCACUGUUCAUUUUUUUGGUGUCUUACUUUUUUUAGUUGCAUAUUAAAAUGUACAGUUCUCUUAUUUAAAGAAUGUUUUGUCCACUAGUGUUACUACUUUUUUUUUUUUUUGUAAUGUCAGUUUGUUUUCCCCCCGAGAUAUAAAAUGUUUUUGGUUUGUAACGUAUGUUAUAGUGCUUAUCUUUCUGAUUUAAUAUAAACAAUAAAACUAUACUGUGCAUCCAGUC